GUGUGUAUAGACAGUGCAUGUGUGUGUGGCGUCACAACAGCCACCUGGCACCCUCCCCUCAGCCAGCAGCAUAAAGAGCUGGCGUGUGCCUGAGGGGCACGGGCCCACGUGACUCCCCCUCCCUGCCGACGGUCCCGGGGGGACAGACACUUUGUUCAGGAUGCUGCUGUUGUUCCCAUUGUGAAGUGAAAGCCAAACCCGGCAGUUUCUUUAGUCACCAGCUGGAGCUGAGAGGCUGUGAGCGGCGCGUGGGGCUCCCUCCCCACGGCCUCCAUGCCGCGGGUCUGGCAGCGAGACAGGGAGCCCCAGGAGGCCCUUUCAGGGGGAACCAACGACGAACGUCCGUCUCCGGUCGGCGUGAGGAUGCGGCAGUGACUGGGGCAUCGCACGCCCGCGGACCCUCUGACGAUGAAUGGGACGGCCAACGUGAACGUGAACGUGACCGGCCGGAGCCAUUAUGCGUCUGCUAUCCCGGUGCCACGCGCUAUGUCCCAGAGCAAGCUGCCCCCGAGGCAGAGCAGCCUGGGGGCCCCCCCUUCCCAGCGGGCAGCGUCACCACGGCCGGGGAAAGCGCCAGGCUGCGUUAGCGGCCCAGCAGCCAAAGGCUCCAAGCCGAAGAGCCUUUCCAAAGCCCCCGUGGAGGCCGGGCCUGGGCCAGAGACAGCAGAGCCAUCGGAGUGCAAAAGGGCUGACGGGGUGGAGUCCAGCCUCAGCCAGAGCACUAGGACUCCAGGCAGCAGCCCCCGGUGCGGCCCGAAGGCAACGCCUCGAGCGACGGGGGCUCCUAAGAAGGCUCUGGUUCAAGGGACAGAGAGAGAGAAGGCGAGUCUGAAGCCCGGAGAGGCCUAUAGCAACCACGGCACCAAGAAGGGAUCGGGGAAGCCAAGUGGCACUGCCGAGCUGGCCAAGACCCCUCAGCUGCAGGGGAAGAGCCCGUCCCGCUUCAGCCUGUGCAGUGAGUCUGGGCUGCCCGGCACCCCUGAAGGAUCCAGUGCCAAGAGGCCCCAGAGCUGCCCGGUGAAAGGCCAGUGGGUGUCGGAAGCCCUCUGCAAAGGCAGCGGGGUGCCCAAGGCAGCCAGGGGCGAGGACAAGUCCCCAGGGAUCUCGCUAGGCACCAGCAGCCCCAUGCAGAAUAAGGAGCCGGCCAUCAGCUUCUCCUCAGUCCCACAGCAAAGUCACCCGGUCACUGCCACCGUGGCACCCUUCCACUACCGGCUGCAGGGAGACAGGGAGAAAAGUGAAUUCUCCCAGGAGGAGCGCACGUGUGAGGAACCGACCAGCCCUGCAGACGGGCCUGAACUGGGCUUCCCAGGCUUGGCCGGCGUGUUAAAUGGUUUCAGCGCAGGCGGGAUGCUUGGCACCAACCUCAAAAGCCUGGAGCUCAGCGGCGAGGGGCCGGAGGAGCUGAAGGGCUAUCGGAAGGGGACCGAGGGCAAGGGCGGCGGCAUGAUGCCCAAGCGGCCCAAAGCGCCCGGGGCGCACGAGCUGCGGGUCUUCAAGUCGGGCAGCGUGGAGAGCCGGCUGCCGCCCGGCCCCAGCCUGCGCAAGCAGAAGUCCCUCACCAACCUGGCCUUCCUCACCGACGCCGAGAAGAAGAUGCAGCUCUACGAGCCCCGCUGGAGCGACGACAUGGCCAAGGCGGCCAAGGGCGGGGGGCGCGGGGGGCUGAAAGCCAAGGAAGCCCCGCUCAUGUCCAAGAGCCUCUCCAAGUCGGAGCACUCCCUCUUCCAAGCCAGGCUCGCCCCCGGCCUGGCCAAGCCGCCGCUGGCCCCGCUCCCGUCCAGCCUCGGUAAGCCCAGCCGCAUCCCCCGCGGGCCCUACGCCGAGGUGAAGCCCCUGAGCAAGGCGCCCGAGGCCGGCGGGGCGGAGGACAGCAAAUCAGACGACGAGCUCCUCUCCAGCAAAGCCAAGGGCCGGGAGAAGCCGCAGCAGCCGGCGCCGGCGCCCGGCCCGGCGGGGAAGGGGCAGGAGGAGCGAGCCUACCUGAAGGUGGACCCGGAGCUCGUGGUGACGGUGCUGGGGGACCUGGAGCAGCUGCUCUUCAGCCAGAUGCUGGACCCCGAGUCCCAGAGGAAGAGGACGGUGCAGAACGUGCUGGACCUUCGGCAGAAUCUGGAGGAGACCAUGUCCAGCCUGAGAGGCUCCCAGGUAUCUCACAGCUCUUUGGAGAUGACCUGCUAUGACAGCGACGAUGCCAACCCCAGGAGCGUGUCCAGCCUGUCCAACCGCUCCUCCCCCCUGUCCUGGCGCUACGGGCAAUCCAGCCCCCGGCUGCAGGCCGGGGACGCUCCCUCAGUGGGUGGGAGUUGCCGGUCGGAAGGUACCCCCAGCUGGUACAUGCACGGCGAGCGGGCGCACUAUUCCCACACCAUGCCCAUGCGCAGCCCCAGCAAGCUGAGCCACAUCUCCCGGCUGGAGCUCGUCGAGUCGCUGGACACCGACGAUGUGGAUCUGAAGUCCGGGUACAUGAGCGACAGCGACCUGAUGGGGAAGACCCUGACGGAGGAUGACGACAUCACCACGGGCUGGGAUGAGAGCAGCUCCAUCAGCAGCGGCCUCAGCGAUGCCUCUGACAACCUCAGCUCAGAAGAGUUCAACGCCAGCUCCUCCCUCAACUCCCUCCCGUCCAGCCCCACGGCUUCCCGGCGGAACUCGGCCAUAGCGCUGCGCACGGACUCGGAGAAGCGCUCGCUGGCCGAGAGUGGGCUGAGCUGGUACAGCGAGGCGGAGGAGAAGGGCCCAAAGAAGCUGGAUUACGACAGCGGCAGCCUCAAGAUGGAGCACGGCGCCUCCAAGUGGCGGCGGGAGCGGGCCGAGAGCUGCGACGAGGCCCCUGCCAAGGGCGGGGAGCUGAAGAAGCCCGUCAGCCUGGGCCCGACGGGGUCCCUGAAGAAGGGCAAGACGCCCCCGGUGGCAGUGACCUCGCCCAUCACCCACACGGCCCAGAGCACCCUCAAAGUGGCAGGCAAACCUGAAGCUAAGGCCACUGACAAGAGCAAGCUGUCUGUGAAGAACGCGGGCCUGCAGCGGUCUUCCUCCGAUGCGGGCCGGGAUCGGAUCGGGGAUGCCAAGAAGCCUCCGUCGGGGCUCACCCGGCCCUCUACCUCCGGCUCCUUCGGCUACAAGAAGCCACCUCCCGCCACCGGCACGGCUACGGUGAUGCAAGCGGGCGGCUCGGCCACGCUCGGCAAGAUCCAGAAGAGCUCCGGCAUCCCUGUCAAGCCUGUCAACGGGAGGAAAACCAGCUUGGAUGUCUCCAACGCCGGGGAGCCUGGCUUUCUAGCCCCCGGGGCUCGCUCUAACAUCCAGUACCGGAGCCUGCCGCGGCCGGCCAAAUCCAGCUCCAUGAGCGUGACAGGCGGGCGUGGCGGGAACCGGCCUGUGAGCAGCAGCAUCGACCCCAGCCUCCUAAGCACCAAGCAAGGGGGCAUCUCGGUGUCACGGCUCAAGGAGCCCUCCAAGAUUGGCACAAGCCGGAGCACGCCGGCCCCGGUGAACCAGACGGACCGCGAAAAGGAGAAAGCCAAAGCCAAGGCUGUGGCCCUGGACUCCGAGUGCAUCUCGCUGAAGAGCAUUGGCUCCCCCGAAAGCACCCCCAAGGCCCAAGCCAGCCACCCACCUGCUGCCAAAGUGGCCGAGCUGCCCCCAACGCCGCUCAGGGCGCCCGCCAAGAGCCACGUGAAGCCCCCUUCCCUGGCCAACUUGGACAAGGUCAACUCCAACAGUCUGGACCUGCCCUCCUCCAGCGACCUACCCCAGCCCCACGCCAGCAAGCGGCAGGACCUGCACCCGGCAGCCGGGCACCUCACGCCCUGCUUCGCCCCCAGCCCGGCCCCCAUCCUCAACAUCAACUCGGCCAGCUUCUCCCAGGGCCUGGAGCUCAUGAGCGGCUUCAGCGUCCCCAAGGAGGGCAGGAUGUACCCCAAGCUCUCGGGCCUGCACCGCAGCAUGGAGUCCCUGCAGAUGCCAAUCAGCCUGCCCAGUGCCUUUUCCGGGGGCAGCGCCACCACUCCUGCACCUGCUGCCACCCCUCCCGUUAGCACAGAGGAGGAGACCAGCGAGCAGGGCUGGACUGGCAGCCCCAGAGCUGCACAUCUGGACAGCACCAACCGCGACCGGAACACGCUGCCCAAGAAGGGGCUGAGGUACCAGCUCCAGUCCCAAGAGGAGACCAAGGAGAGGCGCCACUCCCACACGAUUGGUGGGCUCCCGGAAUCGGACGACCCAUCAGAGCUGCCCUCGCCUCCGGCCCUCUCCGUGUCCUUGGCCGGGAAAAGCCCACUCACGAAUAUCGUGAGUCCCACCUCUGCAACCACUCCGCGGAUCACCCGUUCCAACAGCAUCCCCACCCACGACUCCGCCUUCGAGCUCUACAGCACCUCCCAGAUGGGCAGCACCCUCUCCCUGGCAGACAGACCCAAGGGCAUGAUCCGCUCGGGCUCCUUCCGGGACCCCGCAGACGACGUUCACGGAUCAGUGCUGUCCCUGGCCUCCAGCGCCUCCUCCACCUACUCCUCAGCGGAGGAGAGGAUGCAAUCUGAGCAAAUCCGGAAGCUGCGCCGGGAGCUGGAGUCAUCCCAGGAGAAGGUGGCGACCCUGACGUCUCAGCUAUCAGCCAACGCUAACCUGGUGGCGGCCUUCGAGCAGAGCCUGGUGAACAUGACGUCCCGUCUGCGGCAGCUGGCAGAGACUGCGGAAGAGAAGGACACGGAGCUGCUGGACCUGCGGGAGACCAUCGACUUCUUGAAGAAGAAGAACUCGGAGGCCCAAGCCGUGAUCCAAGGAGCUCUGAACGGGACCGACAUCACGCCCAAAGAGCUGCGCAUCAAGAGGCAGAACUCCUCCGACAGCAUCUCCAGCCUCAACAGCAUCACCAGCCACUCCAGCAUCGGCAGCGGCAAGGAUGCCGACGCCAAGAAGAAGAAGAAGAAGAGCUGGGUAUACGAGCUCCGGAGCUCGUUCAACAAGGCCUUCAGCAUCAAGAAGGGCCCAAAGUCAGCCUCCUCCUACUCAGACAUCGAGGAAAUCGCCACCCCCGACUCCUCAGCCCCGUCCUCUCCCAAGCUGCAGCAUGGCUCCACUGAGACCGCCUCCCCCUCCAUCAAGUCCUCCAACUCCUCCUCCGUGGGCAUCGAUGCCACUGAGCUCUUCCAGGCCAACGAGGAGGAGGAAGAGCCGGAGAAGAAGGAGGUGUCGGAACUGCGCUCGGAGUUGUGGGAGAAGGAGAUGAAACUGACUGACAUCCGGCUGGAGGCUCUGAACUCAGCCCACCAGCUAGACCAGCUCCGUGAGACCAUGCACAACAUGCAGCUGGAGGUGGAUCUCCUGAAGGCCGAGAACGACCGGCUCAAGGUGGUCCCAGGGCCUUCGUCGGUCCCAGGCUCCAUCCCAGGGCACCUCAGGAGCACGUCAGCCUCCUCGUCCCCACGGCGCUCACUAGGCCUCGCCCUCGCUCAAUCCUUCAGCCCCGGCUUGGCAGAUGCAGACCUGUCGCCGAUGGACGCCGUGGGGGCCCAGAAGGACGAGGUGACGCUGCGGAUCGUGGUGCGCAUGCCGCCCCAGCACAUCAUCAAAGGGGACUUAAAGCAGCAGGAAUUCUUCCUGGGCUGCAGCAAGGUGAGCGGGAAGGUGGAUUGGAAGACGCUGGAUGAAGCCGUCUGCCAGGUGUUCAAGGACUACGUCACCAAGAUGGACCCCGCCUCCACGCUGGGGCUGAGCACGGAGUCUGUGCACGGCUACAGCAUCAGCCACGUGAAGAGGGUCCUGGACACGGAGCCCCCGGAGCUGCCCCCCUGCCGGAGGGGCGUGACCAGCAUCGCCGUGGUGCUCAAAGGCCUGAAGGAGAAGUGCGUGGACAGCCUGGUGUUCGAGACGCUCAUCCCCAAGCCCAUGAUGCAGCACUACAUCAGCCUCCUGCUCAAGCACCGGCGCCUCAUCCUCUCGGGGCCCAGCGGCACGGGCAAGACCUACCUGACCAACCGGUUGGCCGAGUACCUGGUGGAGCGCUCAGGCCGGGAGGUCACCGAGGGCAUCGUCAACACCUUCAACAUGCACCAGCAGUCGUGCAAGGACCUACAGCUGUACCUCUCCAACCUGGCCAAUCAGAUUGACCGGGAGACGGGCAUCGGGGACGUACCAUUGGUCAUCCUCCUUGAUGACCUCAGCGAGGCUGGCUCCAUCAGCGAGCUUGUCAAUGGAGCACUCACCUGCAAAUACCACAAAUGCCCCUACAUCAUCGGGACGACCAACCAGCCUGUGAAGAUGACCCCAAACCAUGGCCUGCACCUCAGCUUCAGGAUGCUGACGUUCUCCAACAACGUGGAGCCAGCCAAUGGCUUCUUGGUCCGUUACCUGCGCCGGAAGCUGCUUGAGUCGGACAGCGACAUCAACGCCAACAGGGUGGAGCUGCUGCGGGUGCUGGACUGGGUGCCCAAGCUCUGGUACCACCUGCACACCUUCCUGGAGAAGCACAGCACCUCAGACUUCCUCAUUGGCCCCUGCUUCUUCCUGUCCUGUCCCAUCGGGAUUGAGGAUUUCCGGACCUGGUUCAUCGACCUGUGGAAUAACUCCAUCAUCCCCUAUCUGCAGGAGGGGGCAAAGGACGGGAUCAAGGUCCAUGGCCAGAAAGCAGCCUGGGAAGAUCCCGUGGAGUGGGUCCGGGACACCCUGCCCUGGCCAUCAGCGCAGCAGGACCAAUCGAAGCUGUACCACCUGCCCCCGCCCAGCGUGGGGCCCCACACCACAGCCUCUCCCCCGGAGGAACGGACUGUCAAAGAUACCACGCCCAGCUCCUUGGACUCCGACCCCCUGAUGGCCAUGUUGCUGAAGCUCCAGGAAGCAGCCAACUACAUCGAGUCUCCGGACCGAGAGACCCUGGUGGAUCCCAACCUGCAGCCAACGCCGUGAGGCCUUACUGCACCGGGGAGGGGAGCUCGCCGCCCUCGGCCGCCAGCUGGUUUUGCUUUUCAUUUGGUCUCCUGGGAGUGCGCGGCCGGGGCUGGAAAGCGGCGGGGACGUGAGGCUCUGGCACAUCCCCUUUGGGCAUGGGGGCAGCGGGGCUCGACCCCCAAGAGAGCGCAAGGCACCCGCCUCCCAGCCUGACUCUGGUGGUAGGAGAACCCUGGUUUCUCUUCUUGGUUUUUCUGUCUCUGUCGCAAACUCUGUCCAAAUGCAGCCAACACAGACUCCCCGGCACCAACGGGCAGGCACCUGCAUGGGGCGGGGUCGCUGCGGGACCCCUCCCAGGGUGCGGCGGGGGGGGCAGGGAGGAGCAUGCAGCCCCAGAACAAGAGGAUUUUUUUAUUUUAAUGAAAUAAUCUACGGGGCAAAGAGAAGAACAAAUUCCUGAUGAACGUGUCUGAGUCGCGCUGUCAGAGACCCACUGGCUUCCGCUGUCUCCCGUGCCAACCACCCCACAAACUCCAGUGCAAGCGAAGGCCUGGGAGGAGGAGGCGGACUCUCAGCUCUGUCUUUGUACGUCCCUUAUUUAAUCUGCAUGACCGUCAUUUAAACCAGGACUUCCCAACAAACCCUGCUUUGGAUAGAUUAUUUCCCCCCGCCCCCACCCACCCAUUUGAUUUGGACAGAGUUCAGCUCUUCCUUUGUUCCUCUGGUUCUGGUUGGUUCCUCCCCGUUGCUGCGGCCCGAGGAGGGUCAGGCAGCCUCACAUUGAGUCGAUUCCUUUUUUCCAUUUCCGUUGGACUCAUUUAUUUUUGUAGCUGUUGUUUUUCUCUCCCCCCUACCCCCCUGCCCCCAGUCACCUCGGUGAUGAAACUGGUGCUGACUGGAUGCUCUCCAGUAACUGAUUCCCCCCUCGCAGCUCCUGUCAGACUCAACGUGGCUUCAGUCGGCAGCACAAUGCUCACAAAGAAGCACAACUGGCUGGGGGGGUUCCCCUCCCCAUUCCCCACUUUGUGACACCCAUCUUCCAUAAGCACAAGAUGCCCGUAGCCGGGGGCCAGGCCCUGGUAGUGGGAGCUGAGAGACAGUGCUGCUGCGGCCCCUGGCGGCUCAAGUCCGAGGGAGUAGCCAGAGAUGGUGACAAUCUCCCACCAAGCCAGCAGAGCUGGUAGCGUCCGUCCCCCAUGAGCGUUCCCGGCUGGAUAGGGUAGAGGGUGACAGGACAUUGAGGUGAGGGGGCUGGCAGAGGAGGCCCUGCCUAUGACACAUCUCCAUGCAUGGUUAGUGCAUGCAGAGCUCUUGCUCCGUGUCCAGCAUAGAGAUCUCAGUAGCCGUUAGGUGGAUCUAGACAAGGGGUGGGCAGCAUAUGGGCCUCCCUCCUCCAUGCACAGCAGCAGGGGAACCAGGGAAAGAGCCCCCUCCACCUCCCCCAGUCAGCGCCCUUGCAGAGUCCUUCCUCGUUUCCCUCUGGCCCCAGGACAGGCUGGGAGCGUUGGCUUAGGUCCAUCCAUGCGGUGGGUUCAGUACCGCUGGUGUGCAUUACAUUGCAGGGGUCUCUCGUCUCAGGAGUUCCAAGUUGGUUUGGAUGGCACCAUCCCACAUCUGUCAUCGAUAGCUUUCUGGACAUCAGAAGGCCAUGAAAUAGCCUGAGAGAGCAGCCCUAGACAUUCAGGCCAGAGGGAACCAUUCUCAUCUCUGCUCAGCACCUGCAUAUCACGGGCUAAAGGACUCCCCCCCGCCCCGCCCCCCAUUCUUGCAUCUAGCCCACAGCUUGAGUGUGAUGGCUUAGAAAGAGACACCCAGUCUUGAUUUAAAGGCUCUAAGUUGUGGAGAAUGUACCCCAGCCCUCGGUGACCAUGGGACUUGGUGAUGUUCAGACACGUUCUCUAGGCAACUACUCCCCCAGGGCCAUUCAUAUAUUCAGCCCAGGAGGCCAGUAACUUGUGGCCCGAGGGAUAAUCUCAGCCCAGUGGGUGCUGUUUCCUAGCAAUCGAGACAGACUAGCACCUCGGGUUGAGUCUCUGGCAAGCGGCCUGUGGUCUUGCUUGGAAUUCAGCCUGAGCUGCUCAAGCUGAGCUGUGGGCGGAGGCCCGUCCCUUCCCCGGAGCAGGAAGCUGCCAAGGGCUCUCCCUCACCCAGGACCUCACAGGGAGCAGAAGCCCCCGUCUGGGAAGCUGCCCUGCCUCGUGCUGCGGACUGAAUCUGCGCUGCUGUCCCUGCAAGCUGUGAAGAGCCAAGCCAAGACCUGCAAAAGAAAUAUGCAACUGUACAGCCAGAAGAGGUGGCUGUGGAAUGGGGGGAACGAACCAUGGUGCUGCAAUGCUGCCUUAUUACCUCUGCCAACGGAGCAGCCUGGAGCGUAUGAGGCAAGGGCACGUGUUGGCCAAAUCAUUGGGUACGUGGCUGGACCCCAGCCCAUGAGCACCAAACAGUCAAUAUGUGUAACCAGGGGAAGGGAGGGGGGGCAUGUUUAACCCCAUCUCUGCUGGUGCCUGCGGUGCCCCGUCCUGCAUAAAUGUUCCACUGAUGUAUGUUCAGGGACCGCCAAGGCCCGCACCGCUCUCCAGCGAGCAGGGAGGAAAGCCGAACUGGAAACGCAGUCCUGGCCCCACUGCACUCCCUGCUGUGGAGUGCUGGGCUCCGACUAGCACCGACCCCAGCUCCCCUAUGGGCUGGGAUAGGUCGAUCCGUGUCCAGCUCCAUGAGUUGGAGGGGUGCCUGCUGCUAACAGAGAUGCAUCCCUGGCCUCUGCCCACUGUGCUCGGGUUUGACAUCACUGCCGUCCGUGAGCUGGGUCUCAUGAGCGUCUGUAACCAGGCAGUUCUGGACCAGGUCUCUCAGCCUCCAAGGACCUGUCGGAGCCCAGGACCCUGCUUACACUUCCGGGGGUCCAGAGAACCUCACCCAGGGAUUCCUGCCGCCAGCCAAAGCUCAUGGUUGGGUUUAAGUGGAUCAUGUAGAGAGACACCCAGUCACGAUUUCAAGGCUCCACGUGAUGGAGAAUCCACCCCGUCCCUAUGUGACAGUGGACAUGACUUACAAAUACGUCCUCUAGGCGAACUCGUGGCCCUAUCGCGCUCCACCUGGUGCCACCCACAGCCAGAGCUGCUGCGCCAGCCUUGUCUCUUGACAGGUCUGAUCCCAUGGGCCAGCCCUGCCCAGGUGCCUAUGCUGUCCCAUGCAGCUUGCCGCUUGUGCUGGGGAGGUGGCUAUAGGCACACGCUGGUGAACAACGCACGAGUGGAGGAGAGAGCAGUAGCUCCGAUCUUGGCUCUCCCUAUCCUGCAGCCUGUUGCGUUGAGUUCACCCUGGUGGCGAUGGAGGGCGGAGGUGUGGAGUAGGGGAACCAGUGCCCAAUGCUGGUGGUUACUGGAGCCCCUGUGGAUCUUGGUGGGGAGGGCAGGGCAGUGGGCUCCUGGCUCGAUGAGCAGCCCCGCAGCGGGGAGCAAGGGUGAACUUCGCUGCUAGUGCGUGGGGCAAACCUCCACCAACAUGUCAGAGGCAGAGUGCAGUCAGCUGCCUCCCCUUCAGCCUGGACCCACUGCCCUGCCUUCCCAAAGGGCAUCUCUGGCAGGAGGCAGGUGCUGCUGUCUUUCCGCUUUGCUUUUGCUCAGAGACGACACAAAACAACACCCGUCCUGCCUUUCUCAGUUGUGUGCUAUCUUGGGGUGCAGGGCUUGGGGGGUUUGGCACAUGGCGCCUCUGGGUAUGACCGAGGCCUGUGCACAGAAUCUCUCUGUCCCUGACUCUCCGAGGGCUUAAAACCAACCCAAGAGGCCUUUUAGUGUAAGGAAAAUCUGGCCUGGUGCAUUUCCCCACUUCCCCCGCUCCCCCCAGAAGCUGUGUGUGUGUGUGUGUGUGUAGGUGCAGGGGGGCGUUCCCACUGAAAUGUAUCUGUGACCCUCCCAAGGGCAGACCCUUGGACUGGCGCUGCCAGGGAUUUGCAGCAAUGUCGUGUGCAGAUCUAAGGUGCUCGCUUCGCUCUCUGUGUGUAAUCGUGGACACGUGUACCCUGUCAAUGUAACCCAAUACGUGGGGGUGCCUGCACAACACUGGGAACUUGGGGGGGGCGGGGGGGGAGGAUAGGUUUGGCUGUAGCAGAAGGUUUCAUUGGCUGGUUUAAUGUGCACAAUCCCCGUGGGCGCUGGUUUUUGCUACUCUUGGCUAUGAGCUUUACCUCACGCAGAUCUGCUGAUGAUAUGGGCCAGCCCCUCGAGUGGUGGAAAUCGGUCCAGCUGCACUGGAGCAUUACGCCAGGGGUGAAGCAACAAAUGGACACAGAUGAUGUCCGUGGCUCUUAACAAUGGAGGUAGAAUCCGUGCGAACAGAGAUGGGACCCCCCAUGCUUUUCUCCAUCUAGCCAGUCCUGCAGACUCUGGUCUCCAGGGCUUUGGUCUGUGAUCUUAAACGACUCAAGCAAUGGCCCAGACACCUCUGCCCCAGGGUGACGGUUCCAGACUGAUCCCUCAUACUGCUGAGAAAUUUGCUUUUGCUCAAAACUCCCAUUGUCCCAACCCACAUGAUUCCUCCUCUUCCAUCAGCGCCUUUCCAAGAGUUGUGGGCAAUUAGCAGGCCCUCGCUGUCUCUUAGUCACUGCUUAGCAAAGCUAUUAAUACUGAGUUCUCUUCAUUCUUCCCCCUACUGUUCAUCUCUCCAGCUCCAUCCUCACUGGAGCUGCUCAUCUCUCAAUUCCCUUUGCUUUGGUAUUAACACCGACGUUAUAGGAGCAGCCAGAGAGCCCAUUCAGGACUGGGGCCUGGGUGUGCUGCACAAACUCUCAGCAAGACUGAGGUCAAGAGCCUCAAAGAUAUUUCGGGUUUCAGAGUAGCAGCCGUGUUAGUCUGUAUCCGCAAAAAAAACAGGAGUACUUGUGGCACCUUAAAGACUAACAAAUUUAUUUUAGCAUGAGCUUUCGUGAGCUAAAGCUCACUUCUUCGGAUGCAUAGAAUGGAACACACAGACAGGAGAUAUUUAUACAUACAGAGAACAUGAAAAGGUGGAAGAUAUUUCGGUGCUUGACUCCUAUUGGUUUCUGGGUCAUGGUCGAAGAAAAAUCAUUGGCAUCUUUCAGGCAAAGAUGAGCCCAACGCCAAACCCAAGAUUUCCCCUCCCCCCCCCCACGGUUGGAUUCAGAGCGGGAUUCACACUGGGCAGCUGGGCCCUGUCUCAAAGGGAGGUGCCGUGUUCUGGUUUUCAGUGUUUGGCAGCACAGAUAGGGUGACCAGACAGCAAGUGUAAAAAAUCAGGACGGGGUGGGGGGUAAUAGGUGCCUAUCUAAGAAAAAGCCCCCAAAAUCGGGACUGUCCCUAUAAAAUCGGGACAUCUGGUCACCCUAAUUCCAGGUGGCUGGGUAAUGAAUUCCCCACUAGAAUCCAGUGAUCCCACCCAGAGGUUUCUUUUACGCUCCUUGUGGCUUCCAUUUUGGAGACCUGGGUUUGAAGGCGCUCAACAGCUGUCGCUCCUGGGGGGACUCUCCCAGGUGCGUAGGCACCUCACCCCCAUUUCAUUUCAGUGGGCGUGAGGCACUUGAAUCCCUUUUGAGGAUCGGGGCCCUAGGCCUUAAUUUCUUGCCCAACCGCACCCAUUAUUUCACCCUCCUCACCGUGGCCAGGCGUCCCUGGGAGUGCACCAGCACUGGGCUGGGUAUGGCCCAGUUGGGUGCCUGGGACCCAGCUGCGUUUUGUAGGCUUUGAAUCAACCCUUGGCCUCUAGCUCUGGAUUCCAGGUUUGCACCCAUUCCUGGUGAGGAAGGAAGAGCCAAGAGGUCACGUAUUAAACCAGCCAAGCCCCCACGGGCAGGAACGCAGCAAGCUGCAUGGCACGGGCAGUGUCUCCGCCAGUGCGUCUCUACAGGGGGAGCCCUGGUCCUUGUCUGUCCACUCUGUAUCAUGGCACGUCCCUGCUGCGCCAUUCCCUAGCUCCGGAUGAGCCGGGCACUUUGCACAGUGAUUUACCCACCGCGUGCUGGGCUCAACAUGGGGGUUUUCUCUCAUUUGCCUUUUCUGUUCACACUGUAGGAUAAGGACACACUGUAAAUAGUGCUGUACCCGGAGGCCCCGGGUGAGUUGGACGGGGCCCGGCCCCACCUGUCUGUCCCUUUUUGUACUAUGUGUGAAUAACUGUGCUGUGCUGACUCAUGUUUCUGAUUGUAUGAGACACUGGCCCAGCAAUCGCUAUAGGGCAGUAGCAAGAACUGGGGGACACAAGCCCUGCCCCAUCAGCCUGGGACUGCCCCCCACCUGCCCCCUUGCAUGGGCUACAGGAACAGCAGUGCUAGAGAGGGCAGCACAGAGGACAGGAGGGCUUCCAGGGCCUGAUGCUGAGAGCUCAUGGGGGGUGGGGGAAGAGGCCUGUUUCUAACAGGCUACGGCUGGGCGUUUAAAAGGAGCCUAAGGGCAUGAGCCCCCCAGCUCUCCUUGAACCACAUCUGGGUGCCUCACUCCCAGAGCCCUUGGCUGUUGCCUGUGGUCCGGCUCCGUCCCUAGGAGCAGCCCUUGUCCAUCCAGCAUGGGGAGACCCACCCAGAGUUGGAACCAACUCUUUCCUCUGCCCCUGCCUCCCCCCCAAGCUAUGGUUUCCAUUCCCAAUUCAAGUGAGGCUCCCCUGCCUUCCCCCUCACCAGGCACCCCAUAAUUAAGGGAGCUCGGUGCUCGAUGUUGGGAGAGCAAUGGGGUGCUGCCCGCUCACAGCUGCUGGGCGAGGCCUGAAGGCCUGAGCUGACCCUCUCGAGGGAGGAUUUUAAAGAAACAGGCUCAAGUCCCCACUUUUACAGGGGAGAGGGGGGGAGACAUGGUUGACUUUAAUGGCGUUACUCCUGAUUUACACCAGAGGGAGUGAGGGGGAAUCGGGCCCGUAGGGUGAUAGUAUAUAUGAUUAGCCUCAGCAAGGAGGGAUGCAAGGUUGGAGAUGCCAAAGUGCUAAUUACAUUUUACUGGCCAGCUCAUCAGCUGCUGCAGGUCAGCAGAUGUGGACUUCAAUGGAGCGCUGCCCAUUUACACCAGCUGAGGAGUGAGCCCUCCAUAUGGACGGGGCAGGGGAGAGAGGACUCCUGUGAGAGCGAGCAAACAGCCUGGGGCCCAAUGCUCCAGCCCUGCAGAGAGGGGCUCAGUGCUGGCUGCCUCCUUUAGCAAAUGCAGGGCCUGCGGGGGGCAGAGGGGCGGGAAUGUGGGGCCAGCCUUUGGAGCUGUCCUAACUUCAGCCCCUGCUUUGCAAAAAAAAAUAAAUAAAUAAAAGGGGGGGAGAUUGUGGGAAUUCCACCCAUCAGUCCAUGAGCAAGCCAAAGGGAGACAGUGGCUGGUUCCUCCGAGCUCCGCCUGCAGCGUUGGUGCUAAGAUACCCAGGGCCUUGAUGCCCACGGAAGGCAGAGUGAGGCUAUUGGAAAAGCUGACAAUUGCACUAAUUCAUCCAACCAUUAGCCAACCUAACGUCCCUUCCCCACCUCCCCUGUCAAAGACAUUGAUUAACCCUUUCUGUCCCCCCCGAGCCUGGGCUGCACUCCAUCAGGGGAUGGAGUUAGGAUUCCUCCAAAAUCUUGUGUCUCCUUGACCCAUUAGCGAUUGCUGCCGGGUGGCCCAGACCAUACGAGUUUAGCUUUUUUCUAUUAAAAACAAACCAAUCUUUUUUUUAUUGAAUUAAAAAAAAACCUGAAAUGGACGAAUUCCUGUUUUAGAUGAGCUGUAUAAUUGAUGAGGUUCUGUGUUUCUUAACUGCAUGGUAUUCUGCUGAGGGGGUUUUAUAGCACUUUUUAAAUUUCUCUUAAGAUUUUGGUCCAAAUUUCUACUGCUUUCUCUCUCCUGUCUGUCUUUGCUUUCUCCUUUCCUUCUCAAAGAGAUUCUUUGUAGACUUGCUCCAUUUUAUACCUGAUGUGACACGACAAAAAGCCGCGAGUCAGACAUUGUACAUAGCUGCGGAAACAAUCAUGGGACACCAACACGAGCUGGACUGUUUCCAAGAUAAAUCGUUUUUACUUAAGUUUAAAAAUUUUAAAAAGAAGAAGAAGAAGCCAGAAACAGGCUUUUAAAAUAAUAAUAAUAAAGACAGAGAGCAAAAUACAACCUUCCACCUACUCAUCUCUUGCUGCCCAAGCCAGUCACACCAAAUGGCAUGUCUCCUCUGGGGUCAUCUGUCUAACACCUUGGAAGUUCAAUAAAUUUAUCUCCUGUA